GCUUGCAUUCAUGUGUGCACAUAUGUGUGUUUGGUACAGUAUAUAAGACCAGUCCUGACCCAAGCUAAGGUGUAUCCACCACUGGUUGUGAUUUCAGGAGUGACCAUGAAGUGUCUGGUUAUUGUGCUGGUAUGUGCUGUGAUCGCUGAGGGAAUCCACAGGAUCCCUCUGGUGAAGCAUAAGUCAAUCCGUGAGAGAAUGAUGGAGAAAGGAGAACGCCUGCCCUACCAAGACCCCGCUCUCAAAUACUUUCCUAGCGAGUUCGCUGGCUCCGCCACCAUGUACAUCAACAACUACGCCGACACCACCUACUAUGGAGCCAUCACCAUCGGUACUCCCCCCCAGUCCUUCCAGGUGUUGUUUGACACUGGCUCUGCCAACCUGUGGGUUGACUCUGUACUCUGCAACACUCAGGCCUGCAACACCCACACAAAGUUCAACCCCCAGCAGUCGUCCACCUACUCAGCUAAUGGGCAAACUUUCUACCUGCCCUACGGAACUGGCAGUCUCAGUGGAGUCUUCGGAUACGACACCGUCAACGUCGGUGGUAUUUUCAUCAACCACCAGGAGAUUGGUCUGAGUACUGACGAGCCAGGUCAGACCUUUGUUGUGGCCCAGUUUGAUGGUAUCCUUGGCCUGUCCUACCCUUCCAUCUCAGCCGGACAAGAGACUCCCUUCAUGGACAACAUCAUGUCACUGAACCUUCUACAGGCUAACAUAUUUGCAUUCUACCUGACCAGGGACGGCCAGCAGGGCAGUGAGCUGUCGUUCGGAGAAGUGGACAACACCAAGUAUCAGGGUCAGAUCUACUGGACUCCCGUCACCUCCCAGACAUACUGGCAGAUCGGCAUCCAAGGGUUCCAGAUCAACGGUCAGGAGACAGGGUGGUGUGGGCAGGGCUGCCAGGCCAUCGUGGAUACAGGCACCUCCAUGCUGACUGCACCCAAACAGAUCAUGGGAACGCUGAUGCAGUCCAUUGGAGCCCAGCAGGACCAGUACGGACAGUACACAGUGAACUGUAACCAGAUCAACAGCCUGCCUACUCUCACCUUCACCAUCAAUGGAGUCAACUUCCCCCUGCCGCCAUCUGCAUACAUUCAGCAGAACAACCAGUUCUGCUUCGUGGGGAUCAUCCCCACCUACCUGCCGUCCCAGAACGGACAGCCCCUGUGGAUUUUGGGAGAUGUAUUCCUCAGGGAGUACUACUCCGUCUACGACCGCACAAACAACCAAGUGGGCUUUGCCACCGCAGCCUAAAUCUGACCAACAUGACCAUGACCGCAAACCAACACAGACACCGACCGUUCUUAAAAGUCUACCACCCCAAACCUCACACAGAAUCUAUUCCAUCUCUGACCAUUCUAGAACAUCAAUCACCAAUGGCAACUAUUCUGAAACACUCAUAACAACCACUCUGGUUAUUUUAGAACACAUAUUACCCAUGGCAACCACUCUGCUCAUUAUAAUACACAUAUUACCCAUGGCAACCACUGUGGGUCAGUUUGGCUUUGGUCCAGUGUGGUUAAAGCAAGCAUCGACAUCAUUGGGUUAAAGCUGUGGUCUUUGUUAGAUGACAUCUGCUAAUAUUUUCAGUUCAGCUGUAAUGUUGUUUCCUUUCUACUCUGGCAUUGCAACGACAACCUCCUAGUUCCCAGACAACAUCGGAUGUGAACACAGGUUCAGCCAUGUUGCUGAUUGCAUCAUGAUGCUGAGUGAAAAAAGUAUAUGACUUACAGAAACACAGUGAAAUAUGAAAAUAUGAUUUUUGACACUUAAAUGCAUAUCAUCUCAAGACUGGAUGUAUUUGGUGUUUGUUUAGCUUCCAUUUAGACUGAAUAAACUAUUGAAGUGCACAAUAA